CCGUUCCCACACUAUUUUUUUUCCCUUUUUCUUUUUGCAAGUUUUGUUUUUUUACCAAGUUUGAUAUAACUUUGGGUAUAUGAUAUGAUGUGAUUGCUGGAAACACUUGUGUACAAGGACACUGCUAGACUGGAAAUGAUGUGUUAUGGAAUUUCAAUUGGAAAGACCAUAACCUCUUCUUGGUUAGCUUAGACAUUAGCAGCUUAAUGUACAGACAUAUGUCAUGGAUCUCCCCUCCCCCAAGCUGUACAGAUCGGUUAACGCAUCAAAAAUCAAGCUAUUUAAGGACGCGGAUCAAAUGUCACUUUUACCGAAUCUAAUUAAACACUUGCUAUGUUUAAAGGAGAUCGCAUUAGAAACUGCCGCCAAGAUUGAAACUGCUUCGCUUUUUAGUUAUAGUAAUUUGAAACGCCCAGCCUCGAAUCCACCUGUAAACUGGAUAUCAAGUGGGAACGCCGUUCUCUCCCGUACACCAAAAAAAACAAAAGACAUAAAUUAUUUUUAUCUUUUUAAUUCAUCAUUAAACAUUGAAAACCUUUAUCCACCAGAAGUUGGUCAAACCAUUUGUAAAGUACAGUUAUUUAAUAUUCAUAAUGUUGGGCAGGAUAAUUUCAAUCAUUUGGCCAAGUUAGUCCCAUUAUUAUGGGCAACUUAUCCUCACACAUAUGUCUAA